AUGCCGCGCGACCGCAGGGACGAGCUAGGUGAAGCUCCAAGAGCUGUCCACGGCAGCGAAAGAGAGGGGAGCUAUGGCCAGCAGGCACCAGACAGCUAUGUUGCUCGGAGGAGGACUCGUUCGAGGUCGAGAUCGCCGAGGAGACGGCCUGCUGCCGAAGACUUCUACAGAGAGAGGACGCCAGAGCGUCACGAUACCCAGAGCAACAGCCACCACGACCGACACAGAAGACACCGACACCACUCGCGCGAUGCAGCCAGCAGAUCUCCCAACCCAGGCGACGACCGAAAAAGGCACCAUCACCGUCACCACCACCGCCGCCACCGAACGAAGCCAACGGCCAGCACCACCGCCCGAGAAACACCCGCCGACCUGCCCUCCGGCGCGCGGCCGCUGUCCUACAAGCACGACCUCGACGCCUUCACACCGCUGUUCGCGUACUACCUGGACGUGCAGAAGAACCUGGACUUUUAUGAGCUGGACUCGCAGCAGGCGCGGGGCCGCUGGAAGAGCUUCGUCAACAAGUGGAACAGGGGGGAGCUAGCAGAGGGCUGGUACGACCCGGAGAUGUUCGAGCGCAUCUCGCGCGAGGCGCCCCCUCCUGCUGCGCGGACGAGUGCUGCGCGGCAGGGCGACGCGCGGGUGAGGGAGCGAGGCCAAUCAACCCCCUCGCGCGGCGCCUCUCCUCCCAACGGCGAUGCGGGGCGAGCCAUGGACAACGACGACUCAGACUCCGACUACGGCCCGCCUCCGCCUCCAGGCCAGUCCGACCAGACCGCAGGCGGCGCCCGCAAGGGCCCCGGGAUCCCCACGCUAUCAGACCUAGCCCUGCAGCGCGAGGCAGCCUCCGAGGAACGAGAGUCGCAGCUGAGCAACCUGCGAAACGCGCGCAAGGCCGACCGCGCGCAGCAGAAGGAGCGGCUGGAGGAGCUCGCGCCGCGGGCGGAACCCGGGACGCGCGAGCGCAGGCUGGAGAAGAAGGCGGCCGUCAACGAGAAGAUGAAGGGGUUCCGCGAGGGCGCCGGGGACGGCGCGGAGGAGGUGGGCGACGGGGACCUGAUGGGCGGGGGGGACUCGGUCGCGGAGCUCAAGAGGGCCAAGGAGUCGAUGCAGCGCAAGAAGACGGAGCGGGAGCUGCGGCGGGAGGCGGAGGCGCGGGCGCGCGAGGAGGAGAGGCUCGAGAGGCUGCGGGAGUGGAGGGAGCGGGAGGAUGAGAAGCUCAGGGGGCUUAAGGAACUUGCUAGGGCGAGGUUUGGGUAG